UUAUCAAAUUUGCUUGAUACAGAUCAAGUGGUAUUGCGGGUUUUGCAUAGCACUGAUUAAAAGCUUUAAACGAAACUGAAGCAAAUUAUUCAUUCGGAUCAGAAACACUAUCUCUAGUUUAAGAAAAUUCGUCAUAGUUAUCGCUAAGAUUGUCUUUGUGCUUCUUUGGUAUUGCAAUCUAUUUGAGUGGCUGUUAGCUGCAAUGUCAAUUGGCCCUUUCUCCAAUCAUGAAGGGUAAAGUAUCAAUCAAGUGGAGUGGUUCCAAUCGACCAAAUGAAGACCAAAAACAUAUUCCUCCUCAUAUUUUUGCUUGCUGUGACAAGCUCGAUUUUUGUAAUAUUUGGGGGAAAUCAACAGGCAUCGAUUCAAAGUAUUGUUUCAGAAACUCAUAAAGGACUUAACAAACUGAAACUCUUGAAGGAAAAUCUUAAUCAGCCUGAGGAGAAAAAACUGCUGCCCAAUGAAAACUAUCUGAUUCCGUUAGGGUUUGUGCAACAACCUCAUCUGUACCCCCACUCCUUGUGGACAAACACAUCCGUUCCUGUUGUUGUUACUUAUGUCAGGAGAAGUGGACAUGAGAAGCAAGCGGUUGGAUUUUUGCGUAACAUGCAACAGUAUUUGCCUAACACAACAGUUUUAAUUUAUAACCUAGGCUUGGAUGAAGAUGCACUUCAAGUUAUCCACAACUACUGUGAUAGUAUACGUUGCAUAAUUAUGCCAUUUGACUUAGGAUCGUUUCCAUCACACGUUUCUGAAGAUGUAUCCCAUGCAUUUAGGCCUCUCAUUAUUCAGGAUGCUCUUAACAAGGCUGGUGGUGUGAUUUUCCUUGAGUGCAACUUGAGACUGACAAGGCAUAUAGAUUCAUUGUUAAAGUCUGCUGUUGGAUCUAGUAAACAGAAAGGAAAUGGGAUCAUUGCUUGGGCAACAAGACAAGCAACGUCUUCUCUCACUCAUCCAAAUAUGUAUGGAUAUUUUGAAACAACGUCAGAAAAUUUUCUUUUCCUUCCUAUGGUGGAGGCCACUAAACUUAUAAUCUACAACACAGCUGAUAUACACAACAAUGUCAUGCUUCCUUGGGUACAAUGUGCACUGACUGAAGAUUGCAUUUUUCCUAUUGGUGCGCAGUCAAGCGGCUGUCAUUUCAACAAGAAGCCACAGUACAGAUAUUCAGGAUGUCAUGGGUAUGAUACAUCAGCUUUAAAUAUUGUCUUAGGCCUCCAGUUUGAUUUUAAUGCUGCUCUUUAUACAUACCCUGGACAAUCCUCUAUGAAAGAAUCAUAUUUCAAGCUUGUUAGUGACAGUGAUGCAAUAUUUGAGUACAGUGCAUUAGAAGACAAUAUUACAACCUUUCCCAGUUUUAGAAAAGAUGUUAUUUAUUAAAAUGGUGGAAAAAAAGAGACAGGAUGGGUAUUUCUGACAUCAUGCGGUGAACACUCCCUUGAAGUUCACAAUAUAUUUUUGAAUGAGUUUUUAAGUCAUUGAACUAUGUAUUUUCUAUAAGCUGUUCAAUCAUCUUUAUGGUAUUGUGUAAUUUUUCCCCCUUAUGAACCUAGUCAGAACAUUUGUGUGUUGCACUGAUAUUGGAAGACUGCACUCAUCGAAUAGAAUUGUGAUAAACACCAAGCAAGACAUAUUGUAGUGAAUUGUAUUCAGAACUAGUCACAUAAUAGUUCCUUAAUCUUCAGUUCUCACAUGACUUGUAGUUGCAACCUUUGUUGUAUGUUGGGAGGUUUUAUUUUGCCAGGAUGGUGAGGCAUGGUCAUUUGCAAGUUGGCAUUUUCUCUUGACGCCACACAAUCAAAACAUUCUGAAACAAUUUCCCGCCUUGAAUGAAGUACUGUGUAUUAAAGUAAUCAACUUUGUGUAAAUUCUUAGUCAUUUGUUUCCUC